UGGCACGCCGCGCGGGGGAGCCUGGGCCGCGCUCCCGCGCCUCCUCCUCCUCCUCGCUUCGAGGCGAGUGGCGGUGGCGGCGGCGGCGGCAGCAGAAGGAGCUGGCGGCGGCGGCGGCGGUGCCGGCAGCGGCAGCAGCAGCGGCAGCGGCACUCCCGCGCUCCUCUAUGCUCGAUGUGAGCGCCGAGCAGCAGCAGCAGGAGCAGCAGGAGCCGGAGGCCGCCGCCACUGCAUGGAGGGCUCCUCGCUGAACCGCGCGCUGCCGCUGCCGCCGCUGCUCGUUCGCUCCCUGCUGCCCGCGGCUCCUGCGCUCUGCGGGGACCAGGGCUGGGGCCCCGCGCCCAGGAACGGGCACAGCGACUACGCGGGCCCCGCUCGCGACUCGGCCUUCCUCCCGCCCGGAUUCUGCACCGGCCUGGACGAGGCGCGGGAGCUACAGCAGCAUCGGCAGCAACAAGCGGAGGAUGUGGGUGUGCGGGGGGAGGAGGAGGAUGGCGAACCCUGCCCGCCCGUGCCCCAAAAGUCCACGUCCCCUGAGAUCCGCCUGCGCAUCACCAAAACCUACCUGAACGGCAAGGCGCAGUUUGAGGCGGCGCUGUGCAACGCGGGGCAGCAGGGGGCCGAGGAGGACGAGGACGCGGGAGAUCUGCCGCCCGAGCUGGAUCCGCGUCAGGCGCAGCGCGCCCUGCGGGAGCUCAGCCUCCUGCAUCGGGCAGAGGAGACUGCGGCCGAGCCCGCCGAGCGCAGCCUCCUUGCCCGUGUGGCCGAGCGCCACGAGCCCCGUGAACCCCGCGCCUUCGCGGCGCCGGGGUCCCUGGGCCCCGAGGGCCGCGCGUCCGCUGCCCUCACCAGCCUGGCCGAGCGUGUGUGGGGCCACGGCGCUUGCGGCUCCGCGGAGCCCGACGCGGCGCGCCGUGGCCUCUUUAGCCUCGACCCGUGGGCGGUCGAGCCGAGGCACGGGCCCUCGGGCCAAUCCGGGAAUCCACUCCAGCACAGAGGCCUGGUCCAGCCCACGCCCCACAGCCAGCCUGGACACUUACUCCAACCCGGCCCGUCACUCCACCACACGCCCUUCUUCCAGCAUGCACCCUUUAGUCAACCCAGAUCCUCACUCCAGUCCUUGUUCACGCUCCAGGCUGGAUCCACACUUCCGCCUGGGCCUUCACUCCAGUCUGCUUCCACAUCUCCACCGAUGCCCUUCUUCCAAACCGAAUCCAUGCUCCCACUCCCUCGCAUUGGCCAGCCCGAGCCUACGCUCCACCCAGGGCCUGGCCAUCACACAGGGUCUGUCCACCACGCAGGGCCCAUUCACCACCCAGGGCCCUCGCUCCACACCGGACCCUCGCAUCAGCCUGAGCCCACGAUCCAAUCCGGGUCUUCGUUACGAGCCACUCCCACAUCCCACCUUGUGCCCUCACUCCAUUCAGGACCCACAAGACAGUGUGUUUCUACGCUUCAACCCAUGCCCGUGAUUCAUUCAGAACCCUCGAAUCAUACUGGAGCCUCACUGCAGUCUGAACCGGGGAUCCAAUCGGAACCCUCACUGAAGCCUGCGUCUUCGCUGCAUUCGCCUCCUACGUUGCAGUCCGGGUCCUCAACCACUCCUGGGCCCUCUUUGCAGGUCGAGUCCUCGCCCCAGCCAGAGUCAUCACUGCGGCCCAGGUCCAGAGCACGCCCCGGGCCCAAGCGCAAGGGUGUGGUAGGCCGUGGCAAACAGUGCCGGGCCCCCAUGCGCCACAUUCCAGGGGAUCUCGUGUGGAGCAAGGUGGCGGGUCACCCCUGGUGGCCCUGCGUGGUGACCUCUGACCCAAACGUCGGCAGCCACACUCGCGUGAAAGAAUACGCCAAAUCGACGGUGCGCCACUACCACAUCGUGCUGCUGGGCGGCGGUGUGGUGCAGCGCACCUGGGUGGCCGACAAGAGCACCGUGCCGUUUGAGGGGCAACACCAGUUCGAGCAGCUGCAGGGUGACGCGCCGUGGGGCGGCUCUGCUGUCAAUGAAGCCAGUGGCCCCAAGCUCUCGAAGCACUUCUCGGCCAAGGUGCGUGCGCAGUGGGAGGAGGGGAUGGCGGAGGUGGCGAAGGCCCAACCACUGUCAUGCGAUGAGCGGCACGAUGCCUACAGCCGCCCAACGUAUGAUGGUCCCGGCGCCUCGGGCUCCCCACGUGCCACUGCGCCCACCAGCCCAGCACCGCCCGCCAACUGCAGCAAGCUGGACCUCCAGGCACGCGCAGAUACCGAGCAAAAGGGAGGGCAGAGUGGCCACGCAGCAGAGAGAAAUGGCCGGCAGUCGCCGCGCUCAAGCGACUCGCCCGGGUCCGGCACUGGACCAACGUUACCGAACUUCUUCAGCAGCCACAUGUUCCCCUCGUCCAUCUCCAACAUUCAGCAGCUGGUCAACAGUCAGCAGCUUUUCCCGAACACCUCUAACAACCACUCGGAGUCGGGGAGCAGACGUGGGGGCGCAUCGCGACCCCGCAUCAGGAAGCGCCAGGGAGCCAGUGAUGCCUCACGCCCCACUGCCUCUCUCCGUCAGCAGCAGCAACAGCUCCAAAUAGAUGCAGACAAAGUGCCGCCACCUGCUGCUGUGGACACCAUCAUAGCCCAAGGCAGCAAGCAGUUGGUCGUACAGCCGACUACUGGUCGCCAAAGGUCACGUCCUUCUGCAGGGACGGCCAGCAAAAGCACCUCAACAUCUAGAAAUCGUCAGUCGGCUGCGGGUAGUUCCUGUAAGUUGCCCGGUACCAGUAGUGCUCCUGUAAGCUCUGGCUGUACAGGUACAGAAGCUGCCACUGAGGGCAUUGUUUCGAGCGCAGCCGGCGGAGCAGCCAUGAGGAACGGCAAGAAGAGACAGAGGCGCGUGAGAGCCCCCGCUUCGGUUAAGAGCGCUGCUGGCGCGUCUGUGCCCAAAAGGGCGCUUCGCAAGAGGGAUAGAAAGACGAGCGCAGGGCGGGUGGCCGUACGUCCUGAAGGCUCCAAGCAGGGAGAUGGGGCGCAGGCAGCCGCACGAAUGGACGUCACCGGAGCCUCUGCUGCGUGCGUGGUUACGGGGGAGGCUUCAUCAGCUGCUGCGGUCCCUGACCCGGCCGUGAGCAAGAAGAAGAAAAGUAACCCCCCCCCCCAGGGCAGCAAGCGGAGUGAGAUGGCCCUGGCACGCUACAACUACUUCUGCCAGAAGCACCGACCACAGAUUAUGCACGACCAUGCAGACGCGAGUGAAGAGGAAGUGGAGCUGAUCCUGCGUGCGCAGUGGGACACGCUGAGCGAGCGCCAGAAGUACCGCUACCGGCCGCCCACCAAGCCCACCGCCACUGGGGACGAAGACUCGGGCGACAGCGCGAAGCGUCAAAGGCGACCCACCAAGAAGUUACUUGAGUCGACUGGAGAUUUUGCCGAGGAGUCUCCCAGGAAGAAGUCGAAGAAGGACCUCAAGGACAUGUACCACCCCUCAUCACACAUUGACAAGAGCAGGUCGGCUGGCACGGAAGACACCACGUCCCCCGAGAGCUACUCCGCGCCGGCACCGCCAACCGGGCCCUCAGAGGUGAGCCAGCUGGCUGAUGCGUGCAAGCCUCUGAAGAAACGUAACCGCGCGUCGGCACCCGAGGCUUCAUCGUGCCCUGUGCCGCUGAAAGAGAAGGCGGCUUCUGGUGAUACUGGCUCUGCUCAGGAGUCGGAGGUGUCAGAGGAGGGCCAGGUGGAGGGACCUGCGGAGGACGAGGAGAGCGCCGAUCUGUCCCUGGCCACGGUGUCUUCUCACAAGCGCUCCGAGCGUGGGGGCGGGGGCGCCGCCAAGAAGGAGAGCGUGUGCCAGAUCUGUGAGAAGACGGGGGAGCUGAUACUCUGCGAGGGCCAAUGCUGCAGUGCCUUCCACUUAUCCUGCAUGGAACUUGACACAGUGCCCUCCGGCAAGUUCAUGUGCAGCGAAUGCAAGUCAGGUGUGCACACGUGCUUUGACUGCAAGGAGCCUGGCGCCGACUUGAAGCGCUGCCUCGCGCCGCUCUGCGGGAAAUUCUACCACGUGGAGUGCGUGCGGCGCCUGAGCGGGACUGUGCUGGAGGGCAAGGGCUUCCGCUGCUCGCUGCACGUGUGCCUGGCCUGUCACAUUUCACAGCCCGACAACCCGCGUGCAUUCAGGGGUGGCCGCCUCAUGCGCUGCGUACGGUGCCCCGUAGCGUACCACACAGGGGACAACUGCAUCGCAGCAGGCAGCACCAUCCUGGCCUCUAACAGCAUCGUGUGCCCAAAACACUUUGCCGCCCAGAAGGGCUGCAACCACCACUCACAUGUUAACGUCAGCUGGUGCUUCGUCUGCUCAAGAGGAGGGAAACUGCUGUGCUGUGAGGCGUGUCCUGCCGCCUUCCACCCCGAGUGCCUCUGCAUGGACAUGCCGGAGGGCAGUUGGUACUGCAACGACUGCAAGGCAGGACGACGGCCUCACUACCGCGACGUCGUCUGGGUCAAAGUGGGCAGCUACAGGUGGUGGCCAGCGGAGGUCUGCAACCCCCGCUCUCUGCCCACCAACAUUCUGACCCUGCGGCACUCCCUGGGCGAGUUCCCCGUGCGCUUCUUCGGCUCGCAUGACUUCUUCUGGACGUACCAGGCACGCGUUUUUCCCUACCUGGAGGGAGACAAGGGCAGCACGGCCAACAGGACCAAGGGCAUCAACCGAAUCUUCAAGCAGGCCCUUCAGGAGGCAGCCAGCCGCUUCCAGGACUUGAAGAUGGUGAAGGCGCAGAAGGAGGCACAGGAGAAUGAGCGCAACCAGCGCAAGCCUCCACCCUACAAGCAUGUUAAGGUGAACAAACCGGUAGGCCGCGUCCAGAUCUAUGCAGCCGACCUGUCCGAGAUCCCGCGCUGCAACUGCAAGCCCGCGGACGAGUCACCCUGCGGCCUCGACUCGGAGUGCCUCAACCGCAUGCUUCUGUACGAGUGCCAUCCGACGGUGUGCCCCGCGGGCCACCGCUGCCACAACCAGUGCUUCAACAAACGCAUCUACCCCGACGCCGAGAUCUUCCGCAGCGAAAAUAAGGGCUGGGGCCUGCGCGCCAAGGCCAACAUCAAAAAGGGGGAGUUUGUGAACGAGUACGUGGGGGAGCUGAUUGACGAAGAGGAGUGCCGCGCUCGCAUCAAGCAUGCGCACGAACACCACCUCACCAACUUCUACAUGCUCACCAUUGACAAGGACCGAAUCAUCGACGCGGGGCCCAAGGGGAACUUCUCCCGCUUCAUGAACCACAGCUGCCAGCCCAACUGCGAGACACAGAAGUGGACAGUGAAUGGGGAUACCCGCGUGGGGCUCUUCGCUGUCAGUGAUAUCCCAUGCGGCACGGAGCUGACGUUCAACUACAACCUGGACUGCCUGGGCAACGAGAAGACCGUGUGCAUGUGCGGCGCCCCCAACUGCAGCGGCUUCCUGGGCGUGCGGCCCAAGUCGGCGGUUGUGGACAAGAAGCCCAAGAGAAAGUAUCGCAAGCGCAAAGUGCGAGCGGACAAGGUGCACGACAGCGAAUGCUACCGCUGCAAGGACGGAGGCGAGCUCGUCAUGUGCGACCACCGCAACUGCACCAAAACCUUCCACCUGGCGUGCCUCAACCUCGGCACGCUGCCCGAGGGCAAGUGGGAGUGCCCGUGGCACGUGUGCGAUGUGUGUGGGAAGACGGCGGUGGCGUUCUGCCAGAUCUGCCCCAGUUCAUUCUGCAAGCAGCAUAGUUUGGGGGCCCUUAGGCGCAGCUCCGACGGACACCACCGCUGCUUUGCCGAGCACGAAUUCGACAAGGUCACGGCGGCCCCCGCCAUUCCUCCUCCGGAGGAGCCACCCAGCGCCGCGCCGGAGAAACGGCGCCACCGGAACUCCGUCCCGACCGAGACCACGACGGCAGCGGAAAAAGAUUGCGUCGGCCAGAAGCAAUACGCGGGCUCUCGCCUUCCUCCCGGGGUUAAGGCGGCACGGGGCAAGGGAGAGAUGAGGGCGGCACGUGCGGCCAAACGACCCUCCCCUGUUGAGGAGGCACAGCCCUACCUGGGCUUCCCGGACGUCUCCAUUCCCGCGGGCUUCUCCGACAUGGACAUCUCGAGCGACGUGUGUCUGCAGGACAUGGCGGCGGCGGACGAGGACGCGGAGUGCCUGUCAGAUGUGGGCGACGUGGGGGCGCGAGCGGACUGCCUGCGGGACGCGAUGCUGGGGGAGGGCCGGGGCUGCCUGUCACGUGGGGGCCCGCUCUCCCUCACGGGCAUGCGCAUUGUGGAGAUCUCGAGCACCAAGCGUGCGGGCUGCACAGCGCAGGACCUCUGCGGCAGCGGCGUGGAGGAAGAGGAGGAGCAGGGCGCGUGCCUGCCGGAGCCGCUCACGCUGGAGCAGCACCACAACCACCACCUGCAGCAGAUUGUGAGCGCGCGCCGCGGGCCGUUCUACCCCGAUCUGCUGCACGGCACGCGCCGCGGGGGCGGUACAGAGCUCUGCCUGGCAGACGGGCUGAGCGAGAUCGCCAGCAUCGAGCGCGUGUGUGUGGGGGAGGCAGGGGAGGUGACGGGAGUCGAGCGCGUGCGCAUGGGGGAGGUGACGGGAGUCGAGCGCGUGCGCGUGCCGGGCGUGGUGGGCGGUGCCGGUCUGGGCGAGAUCGCCAGCGUGGAGCGUGUGUGCGUCACGAGCGCGGGAAUUGCUCGCACCGAACGCGUCGACAUGAGCGACCUGCUGGGGCCUGACGGAGGCUUCUUCCCAGCGGCCAUGAUGGGCCGCCGCUGCUUGCCCGACUUCUCGAUGGGGGAGCUACCCGGGCCGGGCCCGCACGGCUGUCUGCAGGACGUGGGGCUCAGGGACCUGGCGGCCCAGGAGCCCGUGUGCCUCUCGGACUUCAGCAUGAGCGAGAUAUUGAGCGACCAGGACGUCUGCCUGUCCGACGUCAACAUGAAGACGCAGUCGCUGUGGGGGCCUUGAAGGCCCGACGUGCCACGGCAACAAGAGGCAGCAGCCCCUUGAAAUCAUACAACUCUCCCGUCAACGACCUCUUGUCAACGCACAACUACUGGAUGAAAGGAACCAUAGCAAGCGGUGCUCCUGUGUUUCACUGUAUCUCGAGGUCUGGGGGCGCGGCUUGUACUAGUAUCUGAAAGAAAACAGCACUGCGUCUCGCUGCGGUGUCUCCGGUUGCUCGUUACUUGACAAGCUGUGACUGCGUCGGACUCGUUGGCGUGCCAUAUUCCACGAGGCUCGGCGAGCGAUGAUGGCGCGGAUGGACGUUUUCACGAAAAGCGCGAGACAAUACGGAUCCGCCAGACAUGAAUGGGCGCAAGGCCUUCUCACUUACGCAGCUUCAGGUAUCCUGUUGGGAUGAUGGAGCCCUCCUAGCUGGCGUUAGCUUGAAUGAUGGUAAUUGUAUUCAGCCCUCCCAGAUCGCGAUGGGGCCUUUCCCAUAUCCUACCUCAGUGCUCAUCGUCUACGUCCGUAGCGCCUAUUAAUACAACUACACAAUCCCAUUCAAUGUAUUUAGAUUUUGUUGUUCCUUGGGCCACUUCUUGUAGAAUAUGGGAAUUUCUCUAGAUCUGGGAGGGGGGGGGGUGCGUUUUGGUGUUUAUUAAGACAAAGCUGUGUAUUUUAGUCACUAGUGAACAUUUCAUAUACUGUAGUGAUCCUGUAUGUGUAAUUUAUCCAUUUAGUGUAGUUAUUAGUGGAAAUACUUGAGCCUCUGAGUAUUGUGUUUGAAGUACGGCAGGUGGGCUUUGCUUCAUGCCUAGCGGGGCGGCUUUGCAGCGAUUGCAGUUAAAACCCCACAGCAUUAACCCACGUGGCGGCAGCAUGUGGCUGUUCCAGCAGCGUCUGUCUGCCAGGGCUCGGGGCACGGUGUCCUGUCAGCUGCAGCAACCCCAGCCACAUUACCACCUACAGUGAGGGAAAAAAGUAUUUGAUCCCCUGCUGAUUUUGUACGUUUGCCCACUGACAAAGAAAUUAUCAGUCUAUAAUUUUAAUGGUAGGUUUAUUUGAAGAGUGAGAGACAGAAUAAC